CAAAAGGACAGGAACUGCCCCACAGCAAACGCUCCAGCUCGCUCUCUCCUUCUCUCCCUGCCCCGCCCUCUCGGCCAAAUCUCUGGCCAGAGGCCAGGACAGCAGAGGGGCAGCAUUGCUCGCCAGUUUCACGGUGGCUCCCGGCUAGAAUGUGCACCUCUCAGUUCCAAGCCUGGGUGGCUCCGACCUCAGAGGCAGAGACGAGGGGCACACGACGAUGCUCACAAGCAAGGCAGUCUCGGCAGAUGGACAAGGAACCGCCCGAUUCUGAAACGAAGCUCCGACAUCACCAAGUCGCCUCUCACCAAGUCCGAACAGCUGCUGCGGAUAGACGACCACGACUUCAGCAUGAGGCCUGGCUUUGGAGGCCCGGCCAUCCCCGUGGGUGUGGACGUGCAAGUGGAGAGCCUGGACAGCAUCUCCGAGGUGGACAUGGACUUCACCAUGACCCUCUACCUGAGGCAUUACUGGAAGGACGAGAGGCUGUCCUUUCCCAGCACCAACAACCUCAGCAUGACGUUUGAUGGCCGCCUCGUAAAGAAGAUCUGGGUCCCCGACAUGUUCUUCGUGCACUCCAAACGCUCCUUCAUCCACGACACCACCACAGACAACGUCAUGCUACGGGUACAGCCCGACGGGAAAGUGCUGUACAGCCUCAGAGUUACCGUGACGGCGAUGUGCAACAUGGACUUCAGCAGGUUUCCCCUGGACACGCAGACCUGCUCCCUGGAGAUCGAGAGCUAUGCCUACACAGAAGACGACCUCAUGCUCUACUGGAAAAAAGGCAAUGAUUCCUUGAAGACAGACGAGAGGAUCUCCCUGUCUCAGUUCCUCAUUCAAGAAUUCCACACUACCACCAAACUAGCCUUCUACAGCAGUACAGGCUGGUACAACCGUCUUUACAUUAACUUCACUUUGCGUCGUCACAUCUUCUUCUUCUUGCUCCAAACCUAUUUUCCUGCCACCCUCAUGGUCAUGCUGUCCUGGGUGUCCUUCUGGAUCGACCGCAGAGCUGUGCCUGCCAGAGUCCCCUUAGGCAUCACCACGGUGCUGACCAUGUCCACCAUCAUCACGGGCGUGAACGCCUCCAUGCCCCGAGUGUCCUACAUCAAAGCUGUGGACAUCUACCUCUGGGUCAGCUUCGUGUUCGUGUUCCUCUCGGUGCUGGAGUACGCGGCUGUCAACUACCUGACCACAGUGCAGGAGCGGAAGGAACGGAAGCUACGGGAGAAGAUCUCCUGCUCCUGUGGGCUGCCCCAGCCCCGAGCCGUGAUGCUGGACGGCAGCUACAGUGACGGGGAGGUGAACGACCUGGGCGGCUACAUCCCUGAGAACGGAGAGAAGCCCGACAAGAUGAUGGUGCAGCUGACGCUGGCCUCCGAGAGGGGCUCUCCCCAGAGGAAAAGCCAGAGAGGCAGUUAUGUGAGCAUGAGGAUCAAUACCCACGCCAUUGACAAGUACUCCAGGAUCAUCUUCCCAGCCGCUUACAUUUUAUUCAAUCUGAUAUACUGGUCCAUUUUCUCUUAGAUGCCAGUAAGUUGGCACCUCUCACACUUUUCAUGGUUUGUGCGCAGUACAGAAAUUGCUGUAAAAUGAAACUUACGGUUUAAAACCAUCUCAGCACCUACCUGGGUUUUCACUGUCCCGUUGUCAGCUGUCCAAAGCUGUGCUGACAGCACACCUUAUUUUCUUUUUGCAUUUAUUAAGCAUCAGUUGUAUACACAGCAAUACACUAGGUGUUCAGGAAUUUGUCAUGAUAGCAACUGACAUUAGGUGUUCCUGGAUGCCAGGGGCACAGUGGUCAGAUAUGGGCACAGUGCUAUUCAGCCAGGGACCUGGAUGCUGUGCACCCCAGGGCUUUAUUCUGGGAGGCUCUGUGUUCUGUUGACUAGGGAGACUGGGUAGCACCUACACAAGACCCAUCUGCAUGGAGGCCACAUGCACAUACACCCCUUCUGAGGAAAGGCCGUGCCUCUGUCCCUGCCUCUGCCCUGCAUCCCCCAUGGUCAUUGAAAGGAGGUGAUGCUCAUAGGAUCUCUUUGUACAAGCUGUAGGUUUCUCCCUGUAUAAGAAAUGUUCUUCAGGUUGUUGACGCUUCUAUGUACCCAUUGCCAUAUGUGUGCAUCUUGUCUGUUUAGCGGAGGUGACUAAGCUAGAGAAACAUGUCCUUUUCCCUGCUUUCAAGUCACUGUUUCAUGCCUCUCUACCACAGAGCAGGUGUUUUCUUUCUUUUUUUUUAAAGUCUUUUCUCAGUAGCAUGGUAUUAUCACUGAGGAGCUUGAAGAGGUACUUUUUCCUGAAUAAUCAGCAUUUCAAGGAAACUUGGGGCUGCUUCUAGCUCAUGAGAUGAACACAAUUUCUUAAGAGAAAAUAACCUUAAAAAGCAAAAGAAGUAGACACCUGCAUUUCCAUUCAGUGAGUGCCAGCACUGUCUAGGAACUACCAAGUAGUUCUCAUCUAGACAAAGCAUCCCAUAGACCAGAGAAGUUGGCCCAGUGGCAACUGAUAGGAGUCGUGGGUUGUAAUCUGAUGUAUUACUUUGAAACAGAAGCCUUCAUAUUAUCUAUCGAGAAGAUAACCCUAACCAAACUUGCCCCAACAGUAGUUAGCAGGACGGCAUUUUUCUCUAGGCUACAUCUUUCACUCAGAGAAACAUCUAUUCAGCAUCUACCAAAUCCUAGUGGCCAUGAAGCCAACCUAACCAAGCCACGGCCCAUUUAAUUGUGACUGUGUUCAGAAUUUAGUGAGGGAAUUCCAGGAGACACAUAAACGGUAAUUUAACAUUCUGGAACUUAUUGUUAAUAAACAUGGAGGUAAUCUAAGAGACCCCUCCAGAGGCAACCAUCCUCCGCUCUAUGAAACUUCCAUAUAUAUCUCCCAUCAUUUCAAAGUUAACCUGAUGGACCAACACAAAAUAAUAGCAUAUACAUGGCUAUUCUUUAUUCUGAUUUUAAAAAGAACUAUUUGUCAAUUCCUACUUAGAAGGCAAUCUCUCAUUUCCCCCAAUAAAAAGGUCAUCAAAAGCUUUUUUUCAAACUCAAGGGGUAAACUUAGAGGGAUAAAUUAAAUAAUUAAUUAUCGUUGAUAUUCAAAAUGACUAUUCGUUUUGCCAAGCAUGGCUUGCACAUGCAGUAAAGUGGGGGAUCUGGAGCUCAAAGCCGGUCUUGGCUUUAUAGCCCAAGAGGCCAGCCUGGGCUAUGUGAGGCUUAAAAAGAUUGAUUUUCCAUUUUUACUUUAUGAAGCAAUUACCAUUAAAAUUAACACCUUUGCCACUGUCUUCUUCCUCACCACCAGGGUCACUGAGCUGUCUAGGUUUCCAGAGCAGGCAACUAAAGCCCUACUUGCUAUUUGGGAUACUCCUUACAUGAGCCAGUGCGUAGAAUACUCUGCUGGUCUGCCAACCUGGUAUCUCAAAGAAGACUGGAUAGCUUAAUCAACAGACAGUUAUUUUCUCAGAGUUCUAGAGACUGGUCAAGGUCAAGGUGCUGGCAGAUGUGGUUUCCCAUAGAGGCCUCUCUUCCUGACUUCCCAGUGGCCACCUUCUGCUGCUUCCUUGCCUUCUUUCCUCUGUAUCCACCCGUGUCUAGAUCCCUUUCUCCCUAGUUAUAUUGGAUCAGGGCCCACAUCCAUGGCCUCAUUUAACCUUUGUUACUUCUUUAAAAGCCUUGUCUCCAAACCAUUAGUUUUGUAGCAAUAUCCUCCAAGUUGGAAUACUUCAUCUUAGAGGGAAGCUCCUUAGGAUUUAGGAUAUGCUAAAAGAAGGCAAUGACCUUCAUCCCAUAGGGAAGAAACCCAUUCAGGUUAAGCUCAGGAAGCAAACGACUCAAAAGUUUCAGGAAGUCCCUGAAACCAACUAGAUGAACUACCACACUCCACCAAGUGUAUUUAAGCAAUAAAUGCUGAGAUUCACUUUUCGGUAAUCCAAGCUGUCUGGAAGAGGCAAAGACCAGCCAAGCUGCUUGAAAGGGACAGUUUCCAGCCUGUCCAGCUGUCUGCAAGUCAUGCAAGUGAGCUUCAGAUUUCCACCUGUUGUGAGCUGGAGUGGGUCUUCGAGUCAUUGCUUCUCUAAAUAACCCCAAUAAAGCUCAUUGAUU